AUGAGCAUGUCAUGGCGCACCUUUCAGGUUGCCAAAACAUGCCAGGACCGCCCCCUUGCCAUUUGUGAGCUUUUCUUGGUAAACCAAUCAAUGAAAGGCUCUUGCGAUCUCUUGCAUGCUAUGGACAUGCGGCGCACAGAUGCACACGCCCUACCCGCCGCCUGCGCAGAUUUCUGUGCCCCUUACUUUGGGCAGGCAUCUGCAAAGCCGAUCGCGCAGCUAACAGCCUUGGUAUCAUUCUGGGUGACAAGGCUUGAGGGGCAGGCGCCUCACUGUUGGUUCUCGCCAUUGCCUUGUGCUUGCGGUCUCUGUUGGCUCGCCGGUGGAUGGGGAUAA